CCAUCAACCCUGCCCCCCAAAACCCCAUUAGUGCUCAGCUCAGGGCUCAGCCAGAGGGUCCCUGGCUCAGUCUUGGCCUUCUCCUCAGGUGCUGCAUGCAAGCUGAUCUGCUACUUCACCAGCUGGUCCCGGUACCGGGAGGGUGAUGGGAGCUGCUUCCCAGAUGCCAUCGACCCCUUCCUCUGUACCCACAUCAUCUAUAGCUUUGCCAACAUAAGCAACAAUGAGAUUGACACCUGGGAAUGGAAUGAUGUGAUGCUCUAGGACACACUGAACACACUCAAGAACAGGAAUCCCAACCUGAAGACCCUUCUGUCUGUUGGAGGAUGGAACUUUGGUUCUCAAAGAUUUUCCAAAAUAGCCUCCAACACCUGGAGUCUCAGAACUUUCAUCAAGUCAGUGCCACCAUUUCUGUGGACCCAUGGCUCUGAUGGACUGGACCUAGCCUGGCUCUACCUUGGGCGGAGAGACAAGCAGCAUCUCACCACUCUGGUCAAGGAAAUGAAGGCUGAGUUUGCAAGAGAAGCCCAGGCAGGAGCAGAGCAACUCCUGCUCAGCGCAGCAGUGUCUGCUGGGAAGAUUGCCAUUGACAGAGGCUAUGACAUCUCCCAGAUAUCCCGACGCCUGGACUUCAUCAGCCUUUUGACCUACGACUUUCAUGGAGCGUGGCACCAGACCAUAGCACAUCACAGCCCCCUAUUCCGAGGCCAGGAAGAUACAAGUGACAGAUUCAGCAAUGCUGACUACGCUGUGAGCUAUGUGUUGAGGCUGGGGGCCCAGGCCAAUAAGCUGGUGAUGGGUAUCCCCACUUUUGGGAGGAGCUUCACCCUGGCCUCUUCCAAGACAGAUGUGGGAACCCCCACCUCAGGGCCAGGAAUACCAGGCCAGUUCACCAAGGAGAAAGGGACCCUCGCCUACUAUGAGAUCUGUGGCUUCCUCCGCGAAGCCACAGUCCAUAGACUCCGUGGUCAGCAGGUCCCCUAUGCCACUAAGGGCAACCAGUGGUUGGGGUAUGACGACCAGGAGAGCGUCAAAAACAAGGUGCGGUACCUGAAGAACAGGCAGCUGGCUGGUGCCAUGGUGUGGGCCCUGGACUUGGAUGACUUUCCGGGCGCCUUCUGCGGACAGAAUCUGCACUUCCACCUCACCAGUGCCAUCAAGGAUGAGCUUGCUGAGGCGUAGCCUUCGGUUCUUGGGCACACAGUGGGGCAGAGAUCUCUUGGCUCUGACUGGCUAGGAGCCUGAUCACCAGCCCUGCUGGGUUCCCUGUUGAGCUUCAUUCUCCCUUCCUUGGGCUCAUGCGGAGGGCCACAGCUCUGCCAUCUGAGCUCAGCUCCGGUGGGCAGGCAGGCAGGGGUGGGGCUGUGGGACCAACACAGUGUAAGACACGGGGUCAGCACAUAACUGCUGAUUAAGGAGAAUGCUCAACGACUCCAAGCCCCACACAAGGAGAUUUCUUCAACUCCCUUACCCCCAGGCCUCCAUGCCUAAGGACACCAUUUUGGCAGGCUCUACCACUGCAGAGUGAAAUAUCUUACAAGAAGCAGCAACCACACUAAUUAUAUCCUCUGCAAAGCCCAACCUGAAACUUUUACUCAGGAACAUAAUCAUGACCCCAUUCCACUUCCCUUUCCUGAUUCUGCAGCUGCUCAGUAAAGCACUG